AUGGGUCACUUUAGGGCCGAUUUUCAGGAUGACGAUAGCCCUCCCAAGUGCCAAGCUCAGCACAUGUGGCACUGCAAAAUCAUACUGGGAAGAGACUCUAUUGAGCUGGAUAGAUACCAUGCCGGUUGUUCUCCAUACUACUCAGGUUGGCUGGAAGAUGAUCAUGAAGGCUUGGGACAACCAGGGUUUGCUCGAGGUCACAUAGUCGUCGAUGAAAACGCUAAGGAGCGGCCCAUGCCAAAGAUUAAACGUUUUCGGAAUCCACUAAAAUCAGCUCGUCAACCAAAUGAAGCUCAUGGACAUUCCUCAUCAUCAACAACUCCAGUCCAAUCAUGUGCUAUAGAGCCCUCAACAACAGUACAAGCCCUCCCACAUGCUCAUGAAGUCCCUCAACAAGAAGAAGCUCCAACUCUGCCUUCUAAUUCGAAUGCAACAUCUGUGCGCCGUGCAGGACGUGAAUCUACAAAAUAUUGGACAGUAGAGGCAAAAGAAAAUGCUACCAAGCAGAUUAGGGUAAAGCUCAAUGAGGUUAACAACCUAACUGUUGGGGAACGCAUCAUUGUGGAGUUUGAUGACUACAACGCAGCAUUGGUGAAGCGCAGGGAUUGCUUGCGGGAUAUUGUGGGUCGUUGGCAAUUGAUUGUAAUUUGUUCCCGAUUAGUUUUGAGAAGUGGUCAGGGCCAUCAGGCAUGCCUAAGAACUCGAUUUGAUUUUCGGGUGAGUGAGUCCAUUGCAUACAGAUAUUGCAAUGCUAGUAUUUCGAAGAAGUGGGCUACACAUAGGCAGAAGUUGUGGUAUGAAUAUUUUGACCCAGCCAAAAGCAAAAAUGAAAUUCUAAGUAAUGUGCCAGCAGGCAUAAAUAAUGAUCAAUGGGCUAGUUUUGUUGCUUACCGUCAACAAUCAUCAACAAUGGAGCUUUGUAGAAGAAACAAAGAAAUUCAAAAGAAGCAAAAAAUGCCACAUACUUGUGGAUCAAAAGCUAGCUCGAGGAGACGACAUGAGCUGUUUUUGGAAACUGGAAAAACUCCUAGUCGCAGAAAAAUAUUUAUUGAAACUCAUAAGAGAAGGAACGGAUCGUUUAUAAAUGAUGCGGCAAGGACUAUAGGGGAAGAAAUUGAAUUGAAUAUGACUCAAUGUGAUACUAAUGAGUGUGAAGUUUUCCCAAAUGAUGUUGUUGGCAAGAUGUUAGGGGCAGAGCACUCCGGGAGAGUACGAUGUAUGGGUAUGGGAGCUGCUCCUUCAAACACAUUCAGGAAUACCAAAGGACGACUUAGUGAUCCGAGUGCUUCUUCAUCUAGCUACAGUGCAUCAUCUGUCACAUAUAACCAUUUGCAACAAAGGCUUAUGCGUGUGGAAUCCCAACUAGAAGGCACCUUAAAUGCGCUGAAGGAUUACGUGAUGUCAAAGGAAGGUUCAGUUCCUGAAGAAUUUGCUGGUUUGUUUGCUCUUCAACCACAGCCUGAUGACGCAGAGAAUGAACGUACUUCACCGGUGGAUGUAAGAGGAUCAUCGGUGGAUGACAACGCAAAUCACCAAUCAAAUGCUUAA